UGUACUGCAAAUAACCUAAAUAUCGUGCAAACAGUUCACAGUGCGCAUGCGCAGGUUUCAUUUGUUGAUUGUUUGGAAUUUGGAAUCGUAAAGGGAAAGAGCUUGUUGCGCUUGUGUUUGUACAAAUCUUUGGCUUCGAUUUGGUGCUGCUUGUAGCAUGCCACCCCAACGCCGUCAGACCAGAGCAUCUGUUGGCUCUACUACUACAUUGGAGACAACCAGGCGGCCAUCAAAUGAAAUCAAUUCUCCUCGAACAAGAUCUGGCAACAAGAUCAACACCAAAACUCUUCCUUCUCCAUCUCAGCUUAGAAAAUCAUCAAACGAGUCUCCCCUGAGAAGACGUGCAUCAACACCCUCAAAUGCAUUGUCACCUGCCAAAAGUAAUCUGUCAAAACCAAAGUCACCCUUGAAACAGAUUGAGAAGAUUACAGAGACCUUGCCAAAGAAGAAGCAGCAGAGUCAAGUAGUACCCACUGCAUCUGUAGUGAAAAGCUCAAAGACAUCACCUAAAAAACCUGUUUCAGUUCUGUCAGUGACUUCAGUCUCUUCAAAACCUCCAGCACAAUGUAGGAGCACAAGAGGCAAUUCUGUCUGCAGUUCUCCAUUGACUGAUGUUAAGAAAGUAGUAGGAAGGCCUUCUCGUACAAAAUCCCCCAUAAAAUCUGCAACCAAGCCAUUGUUGAAGUCUCCCUCACAAUCUCUUUCUAAAUCCCCUUCAAAAUCCCCCUCAAAGUCCCCUUUGAAAAAAUCUCCUUCUAAAUCCUAUUCUAAAGCCCCCUCUAAAUCCCCCUCUAAAUCCCCCUCUAAAUCCCCCUCUAAAUCCCCUUCGAAAUAUCGGGCCAAAUCCCCAUUGAAAUCCACAGGAAAAAUACCUACCAGAAGUCAAGUAUCGCCAAGGAAAGCAACUGCAGCUCACAGUCCAGCCCGUCUUAAUACCUCAUCAAGAAAACGUCUUCUUGUGUCCCCUCCCAAGUCUCCUCCCAGUGCUAAAAGUAGACGGCUUAGAUGGAGCAUUUCGAGCCCUGUGCAUGUUAACAACGAACCAGAGUCUGAUGAAGGUUGUGUACCUCUUGACAAGAUAAAGAAAGAGUCUGAUGAUGUUUCUGCUGGGAACUCCAGUUUUUCACACCAACCAGGGAAGCAUUUUUCAGGCUCUGAUACCUUGCCUGCUGGUCCAGAAUUAACCGGACGUUUCCUCCGAAGGAAAUGGUUUUCGUUAAAGACUCGAGGAGGAUUUACUUGCUUACGCUCUGCAAUUCUAUCUCCUGAAGAAAUUACCAAGGAAAUCCUAAAGGCUACAAUGGUUGAAACACCCAAAGUGGAAGAUGCAAACUUUUUCUCUACCAAGCUUAUGAUGCGGCUCUCAAGCAGAUUGCCUCCAACCCGAGCCCGUCCAUCUUGUGAAGAACUGGUUGAUCUGAUCAACUCUAAACAGUCCGAUAAAAAGUUUGAUACCCUCACAGAACCAAAAGGAGAGGGUACUGCAAUACGUGUGAAGUUAGAAAGUCGUUCAUUUACUGAUACAGUCUCACAAAUAAAUAGCAACCCUCGUAAAGUUGUGGAAAGUGCCCCUAGCACCAGUAAACCUGAGGUUGAGGGCAGUGUGGUUAAUGACCAGGAAAGCAGCCUCACUAAAAAGCAAGAACGAGAAAUUGCUUUAUUACAAUUAAAGAAUCUAAGAUCAGAAGUGACUGUGUCAAAAGAAAAAGCAGGAAAUUGUCCCAUUAAAAAGAAGGAGCGUGAGAUUGCUUUGUCACAGUUAGCAAAUUUAAGGUACAAGUAACCUGUAAAAUAUAUUCAAGUACAAAAUAUUCUGACAUGCUUGCGUAAUUUACAAGGUGGAUAAAGUUACCUAGGAAUAGUUUAAAAUUUAGUUAUAAGAGACAUCACCUGUGAGUUAAAAAAUGUUGUAUGUUGAGUUUUCAUUCUUCAAAAUUUAAAACUUGAACUUAAGCAGUCCAUCCAUAUAGUUUAUAGUUUAUCAUAUUAGGUAAAAAAUAGAAAUUGUGGAAAUUCCUUAAUUUUGCUUUAAGUUCAGGGGUUUUCAAAUACAUCUCAAUUUUUUUUUCUCUAGAUUUUAGAGUAGGACAGAUAUUUAAUGGGGAACGUCUAGAAGGACCCCUC